GCGGCCACGUGGGGGAUGCAGAGGAGGAUGAAUACGAUUACCCUGAUGUGGAAUGGACCCCCAAAAUGCCUCACGUGACCUCCUUGACCCCCACGUAUCCACCCAGCUCCAAAGAGCCCAGCACCGCCCCACGCGCUCUUACUCAGCCCGCUCUCACAUCCGCCGUUCCCCCCUUCGGCAUCCCUGCCGGCCCCGGUCUGACUCCGACUGUUUUCCUUACCACCGCUGCGCACACCACGGCUCCCAGCACCUCCCCUCCUGCAUCCACCAGUCCCACCAUCACCCCCCCCAGCACUGUGCAUCUCUUGCAGCCCCCCAGCACUGCCCCUUUUUACACUGCUCCCCCCAGCACCUCGCACAGCCCCACCAUCUCUCUGACAGCUGCUCCCAGCACCAGCAGCCAUCCGCAGAGCACCCUCACCACCCGUGCUGCCAGCAGCCCUUUCACAACGUUCACCAGAGCAUUUUCCACCAGUCCUUCAGCUCUGCCUUCCCCCACUGAGCCAGAGAGCACUUCAAUCACCACAUCUUCACCUUCUGCUCUGACAUCCCCCACACCAGCAGUCCCCAACGCCACGCUUUCUGCUCACACCCCUACGUUGUCUGCUCCCCUGGACACCACGCACUUCCCCCGCCCAUCUCCUCCGCUCCCCCCUCCCCUGCUCUGCCCGUGCUCCACUCCAGCACAGACUCCAUCCGUGCUGCACUCGCAGGCAGCUGUGAAGGGUCUGCACUGGGAGCACUGGGUGCUGAGCCAUUGCUGUCUCCUGCGCUGGGUGCUCUACCUGGCCUGCUUGGCUCUGCUGCUCCUGUCUGUGCUGCUUUUAGCUUGCUGCCUGGUGCGGAUGUGUCUGACAAAACACAACUCACUGCAGACCCAAGAGGUGCAGCAUCCGCUGUUGAGGUUGGGGAAUUCAACACAAAGUCAUACCACACAUCUCUGCGUCUUCCGAAGCCUCCAACAACGCUCCACGUUCUGCACCACCAAGGAAGUAGAGCUGUGCCCUGAAGUUGCCACAUCCCACACUUACUGCACGAUUAAAGACCUGGGGGUGCAGCGUGGCCCUCCUGCAAAGUCCUUCUGCACCACGAAGGAGCUGUGGAUCCACCACGGCCCCCUGAAUGCUCCAUCCAAUCCUUUCCCCACGGAGCUGACAGCCACAACGCUCGGCUCUCUGCAGAGCCCUUCUGCUCGCAGCCUGGACAAGGGAGUCAGGGCCAUCGGUGCUGUCAGGGUGAAUCACGGUGCCAACACCUUGUAAAUGCUCCUGUGCCUUCAGAGGGGGGAUGGGGGCACGGCUCUGGCUCAUGUCUCCUGCUGCACAACAGGAAGAUCUGCUCACCGCAGGAAGGGAAGGCAUCCAGCUCCUUGCCCCAGCACUACUCACACUCAUGGUGCUAGCUAGAUCUGAAAUGGUUUCUGGGCUGCUUGUCAGGGGUGGGAGUUGUCCUAAACCAGAGCUUGGGGCUGAAAUGCCCGGUUUUGGGGUCAGUGUGGGAAAACAGAGCUGGAUUUAUCUGCUACGUGCUGACUGCUUCUGCUCAAAUGUCACACACGCACAUCAUGCUUUCAACUCAGAGUUAGUUUAUUAAUCACAGAAUAAAUAUUCUCUUUGCCUGAUUUC